AACGAAACCUUGGGCGCUUAAUCAACCACGUGUGAUCCUUUGUCAUCCCUGUCGAUCCGUGCGCCUGCAGCUCACCUUGCAGAGCUCGCUAACUAGUCUUACCUAACGCCACCUAAGCAGUACAGAGUACAGUGCAGAUUGGCUAGCAAGCCUUCACUCCACCAGCCAGCGUACACAAUGCUGCCGCCAAAGCUAGAGCAGGAGCCCCAGCCUGCCCCGGGCGACUUCAUCUUCGUCGGCGGCCCCAAGCUGCAGCGCAAAUCCGGCAAUGUGCGAUCUACCUUUCUGAAGCGCGCGAUCCCGCUCGGCCGCAAGAAGACGCGCCAGGAUGCGACGGACCAGCUCGAAUCGGCGCUGCAACAGGCCAGUAAGAACAGCGCGCCUGCGCUCUGCUCGUGCGCAUCGUCGCUGAUGCAGCAGGUGGGCGCGUCGACGUUUUCAGUGGGGUCCCUCGAGUCGGAGAAACGCUUGAUCCUGCCCAAGCUCUGGAAUCAGCGCGAGGGCGGGUUGUCGGGGCGGUGCGCGACUUGUGGUAGGCACCUGUGGCCGUCUGCUGCUGCUGCUGCUGUUGGUGUUGAUUCUGAAGGACAACGCACAAGCGCACUCGUGCCACGGCGAGUCUCAAGCCCCGAGUUACUUGGCGCGGGGCGCGCAGAUCCGAUGAUCCCGCUGAAUACGACGACAGCCAAGCUCAAAGUGCACGAGUUGCUGGAUUUCGCGGCUACGGUGAUCUGGCCGCAUCUGCGCGGGGCCGAGCAUGCGACAAACUGCUAUCAGAACUGGAUCUAUCCGCUCGACAACAACCUGCAGCUAUACGCGAUUCUCUGGGCUGCCUCAUACCACCGCGACAUCCUCCGCGUGACAUACGGCGCUCCCUGCCCCGAAUCCAACCAGCAGCUCUAUCUCAAAUCCCUCGCGCUGCAGACUCUGCAGGGGGAACUGGAUGACGAGUCCAAGCUAAAGUCCCCGGACAGACUGGUCAUGUGUAUCCUGUGGCUGGCCGCAAACGACAAGCACAAGAGGGUCGUCCGUGAUCCGACCCCCUUCUCCCCUCCCCUGACGAGCCUGCAAGCUCUAGAUUUCCUUGGUGGUCAAGACUACCACCCACUGCACUGGCAUAUGGUCCAGGACAUUAUCCGCCGCGUAGGCGGAAUCGAGACGCUGCGCACCUACGCUCUCGCCUGGCUGGUCAGCCUGUCGUCGCUCCUGACGGCCGCCCAGUGCAUAUCAAAGCCGAUAUACCCCAUCAUGAGCGUGCUCGGGUACCGGCUGAUCCUCCAGCCGCCUGCGCAGCUGUUCAAACCGCACGGGUACUAUGACACAGGGGGCUCCUCCAGCCCUCCAGGGUCCGGCUUCGACGAACUCUGCUUCCUCCACCCACCCGUGAAACAAAGCCUAGUCCAGGUAUUCAAGCACUUGGGCGAGUACUCUGCGGUGGUGCAAUUCUUCCAGGGCAACAGUAACAGUAGCGCAAGCUGCACGCCGAUGGUGCUGGACCUGAUCGGCGACAGCCGGAAUCUGGUCACGCAUCGGCUGCUCUCGCUGCCGGACGAGCAUGACCCCGUUGACGAUGUCCUGGCGUUCGAGGAGUCUCCUUUUCUUCUGGACUCUUCCAACACCACCACCAACAACAACACCAACGAGCCGUAUCCGUCUCUCAAUCUUAACCAGCUCUCCUGGGACAUUUAUCUCACCUGUCGUCUCAGUGCGAUCUUAUACGCGGUGCAUGUUACAUUCCCGCUCCCGCGGGCUGCGAUAGUGCGCAAGACGCUCCUUGACUCUCUUGUUCCGCGCCUGGAGGACCUGUACGCCCGGGGCCUCGCUUCACCGCUCCUCAUCUGGUGUCUCGCUGUAGUGGUCAGCACGAUGCACGACGAGGCACCCAAGACGCUGGUCGCAUGCGCUGCGCGUCUAUGUUGGGAAUCAGGCAUCGACAACGUCGAGAAGCUGUCGGAUCUCCUGGGGGCAUUCGCUUGGGUUGAAUCAGCGGUUAAACAUGACUGGAAGGAUCUGUGGACGGGCAUUCUCGCGCGCGAAUUGGACGAGCAGGGGUAGGAGGAGGAGGAGGGGUAGGGCCUUGCUCUCUUAGCGUUGUCUCGUUGAACCGCUCGCCCUAGAUCACUAUUAUGAUUGGCUAUUCCUCGCGCUCAUCAUUAUGUGUUGAAAUCGGUGGCCCGGGGCACCUGAUGGGGUCCGUCAGUUGACUCGAACAACCCCGAGGGAGAGGUGCAGAGUGUCGCAGACCCGGGCGGCUUCACCAUCCGCGACCGAAGCGCGAAUCAACACUUGUCGGAACGUCGGUUACCAGGAGAUACAAUCCGACCCGAAGCCGAGUCUAUAAUUCUAGAUCUCAAGCUGGAAGCGUCCCACUGUAUCCGCGCACCCGCGAACAAAGUUGUGCGUUCAUGCGAAGACUUCAGCGUUGUUAUGUAUCAGAUCCAUUGAGCGGACGCGACUUUGGUCCAGUCGGUUGCUGCAUUCGAGGGUGCUAUUCCUGAGCUCGCCGCAUGGCUUCCAGAGGAGGGCCUCGUCGCCAUAGUGAAUGAACUCUCCAGCUGGACUUGAAUCAUCCUCUAGCAUCGAGAUCAGCCGACCGUGGAGAAAAUUAGCCAGAGCGAGCAGUAUUAUAAGCAAUGGUACCGCGGUCCAGUGGCGUAGCUGCGGCUUUCGCGGAUAUUGUCUCCAGGAUGGAUCUUCGGAUAGAUUCUUUUCGUCCAUUUCGAUUUACUCGACUCAUGGUAUUGCGUCGUCGUGGGUUUCAUGAAGUGAGUCUAAGCUACACGUUGUAUCAUAAUAAGUACAGAGCUGGUAUUGCGUGUCACAAGAUGAUUAGAUAGCAUUUAUGACUGCAGUAUACCUAAUCGAUAAUAGGUUAUCCAAUGGCAGUUGCUUCACAAUUGGCAGAUGGCCUUGGAUAAGUCUUAAGAAACUAGAAAGAAGAGACAAGAGAGUUUGAGGCCACCAGGGUUCGCAAUCGACCGGUAAAGAACUUCGCCCAUGUAUCUGGCAACAUAUAUAUCUAUAUCCAUUCCCG